UGGGCGCUUGCUCGUCACAUGAGAGGUUUCCUGUAGCCCCCGACCCUCGCCGCCGCCAGACGCAGUGCGGAACUGGUCAGCAUGGAGCAGGCUGGGGCCGCUGCGUGGGCCGCCACCUUCAGCCAGCUGAUGGCCGAGUCCAAGCCCCAGGACACCUGGCUGCUGCUCCCCGAGGGCAGCCUGGUGGCUGGUCGCCUGGACAGCGGCUGUUCCCAGUACCGGCUGAAGGGGCUGGCGAGGCUGCAGUGCUGCCGCUGCCCGUGGGGGUGGGGCUCCGCGCAUGUGCAGAUCCUCUUCCUCCUGUCCUGGGACGAGGCGAGCCGUCAGGGGCUGGUGAAGAUGCGCGUCUGGGGCCAGCGGUGCCGGCUGUGCCCCCGGGGCUCUCGCAGCGACUGCCAGGUCAGCCCCCCGAGCGUGCGCCCCUUCCUGAACAAGCUGGCCCUGCACGUGCUGCGCAAGGUCUACGGCGAGAGCCCCGGCCCCGAGCAGCGCCCCGCGCUGUACGUCAAGGCGCCGGGCCACGCUGCCCGGCCCUGCGAGGCCUGCGCCCUGGGCGUCUGCUUCCUCCAGAAGGUGCCGGGCAUGGUGCUCAGCCCCCGAGCCAUCCGGGGCAGCUACACCAUGUACAGCGGCGUGGGCCUCACCAUCACCGCCUCCCGCGGCGCGGGCAGCGCCCUGCGCAACACGCAGCUACUGGCCCUGGGCGGCGGGCCCUCGAUCAGGCGGCCGAGGGGCGGCGGGCCCUUCGCCUUGCACAAGGGCUGCUUCACCGUCCCGCUGUCGGUGUCGGACUUCAUUAGGAAUCCGCUCACAGACAGCAGCCACUUCUUCAGCAAGGGCGAGGGGGUCAUCACCAUCCCCUUCUCUCUCGCUGAUGAGAAGAAGGACCCGGGUCCAGUCGCUGGCAUCGGCCAUGCCAGGAAUAGCUCCCGCCCAGCCACCCACACCAUUGGCAAGGGCUCCCUCUGCCUCUCUGCCAACUCCUUGGCCAUCCCCGAGGGCCGGGGGCUCCCGGUGAAUAUCAAGGACCCUGUCUUCCAUGGCGAGGGUCUCCUGAUCAGCAAUGUGGAGGCCAAGGGCUUCGAGCUCAAGGGCUUCAUCUUUAAAGGCAAGGGGUCCAUAUCUGACCCUGUUGAUGUGGCCAAGGUCCAGGGCCUGGCCACCCCUGCUGCGAGGAGUCCCCUGCCCGUGUCCUACAUCAUCGGCCUCAUGGCCAAUGGGGAGGGUUCCAUCACCUUCCCCCUGUCCUUCACCAACAUCAUCAAGGACAAGGACUCCUUCGCCAGCGUCUCCGAAGGGAAAGGCAAGGAGGGGGGCAGUGACGGCCCUGCCACCGCUGGCCACCACACCCUUCUGGAGGCCAACGCCUACGGCCCCCCCACUGCCGAUGAGGGUGCCCUCACCUUCCCUUUCAUCUUCACCGAGGGCUUCAAGGACAAGGACGGGCGUCUCAGCCUGACCCAAGGUCCGGCUGCUGCUGCUGAUGGCUGCCUUCUAGAGAGCAGCGCCGGGGGCCCCCUUGCCCCCUCUGCCAGUGAUGCCAAGGGCAAGGGCUCUUCUGCUGCCACUGCCCAAGAUGAAGGUGAGGAAGGUGGCAGUCCCAGGGGCCCUGUCCCCAAUGUCCCCAAGGACAACUCCCAGGACAAGGAGCUUCCCAUGGACACCAUUGAAGACGAGGGGCCGCAGGAGGGAGGCAGCAGCCCCCCAGCCCCGGACCACGACCCUCUCCUGAAGGCCAGCACCGGCACCUUCCUCACUUUCAGCGAGGGCUCCAUCACCAUCCCCUUCUCAGUGUUUAGCAUCAUCAAGCGCAAGGGCCCCCGGGCCAGUGCCAGUGCCCCCCAGGGCCACCACGGCCUCCUGCCCCCCGGCUUGUCUAAGAAGAAGAAGCGGCUGAGGUCUCGCUUCAGCAAGUCCAGCUGCGGGCCGCCCAGAGACGAGGAUUUCUGCCCUGCCAUCCCGUGCCGCGGCCUGUACGUCGAGCCCUAUGAGGACGUGUGGAUAUGGGUGUCCAUGACCGUGUGUGUGCUUUGGCUCAUGUGCAUGUACAAGCUGAGCCCCGGCAUCUUCCAGCAGCAGGCAUGAGCCUGUCCCCUUGGUGGCCCCCUCCUUCCCGUGGCUUGGCCCACACAAAAGCAAAAGCCAGCUUGUGGUGGUCUUUUCCCUCUGCGCACCCGCCCCCAGGGCCCCCAGCCCCCUCUGAGUGCCAAGCCAAUCCACCCCAGGGCCCCAGCCCUCUCAGAUUGCAAAGCCACCCUGGCCCCCAGGGUCCCCAGCUCCCUCCAAGUGCCAAGCCAACCUGGGCCCCUGGGCCCCAGCCCCCUCCGAGUGCCAAGCCAACCUGGGCCCCAGGGCCCCCAGCCCCCUCCGAGUGCCAAGCUGCCCCGGCCCCCAGGGCCACAGCCCCCUCUGAGUGCUAAGCCAACCCAGCCCCCAGGCCCCCAGCCCCCUCUGAGUGCUAAGCCGACCCAGCCCCCAGGCCCCCAGCCCCCUCUGAGUGCCAAGCUGACCCGGCCCCGUCCACGCGCCUGUGACUCUGUGCCUUCUCUCCUGACCUGAGCAGUGGUUUAGUUAGUGCGUGUUCGCUGUCUGUGUGUCCACCAGGCUGUCCACGUGUGCUGCAGGCGCUUACCUGUGUGUGUUGUUACGUGUUACACUCCAAUAAAAUACAAGCUAGACACAA